AUGGCGACCAGGGCAGCAGUGGCGGCGCCACGCUUUUUGCGACGUUUUUUCUGCACAAACCCCGCCUCUUCUUCUUUUCCCUUCGUUUCUACGCCGUCUACGGGCGACGUCCCCACCCCCGCCCGACCGACGGCGGAGCCCAACACCAAUCUCUUUGUCUCUGAUGGAUCGAUUGACAGAUAUGAAACGUUUUUGGUCAAGAAACAAGGGCUUAGCAAAAGGACAACUACAGAAAAGCUUCGGGAAGAAUUUUCAAAGUUUGGGGAAGUUGUUCAUGCGAGGGUGGUAACUGAUCGAGUCUCAGGUUAUUCUAAGGGAUUUGGUUUUGUGCAAUAUUCUACAAUAGAAGAGGCUGCAAAGGGCAUUGAAGGCAUGGAUGGCAAGAUAUUUCGUGGCUAUUCAUGUGAUGCUGACUGGUAUUUCCCCAAUGCAAUGCAGUUUUUGGACGGUUGGGUCAUAUUUGCCGAAUAUGCGAGACCUAGACCACCACCAGGACAAUACAACAACAGCCCUCAGUUUGGCCGGCAUAUUAUUUACAAGGGUAUGGAUGCUCAGGUUGGUUACUCCAUAGUCGCUUCAUUUUUGUACCAGAGUAUUGAUGCAGAUGUCUGUACUCUAUGA